GAGGGGCGGGCAGUUACUACUUUUGCAUGCAAUAAUGCUGAGAAACCGUUGCAAUUUCCCAGAAAUCAGUGUCUACCAGGCCUUUGCGACCUUGUUUGCCCAGCUGCAGCAACAGCAAAACCAAAAUUCUCCGCCUCAGGCUGGCAGCAACGUUCGCCAGAUUCCCAUGAUUCGCAACCUGGACAGGGCUGAAGACCUCGAGUCCUGGCGGGAAGAGCUCGUUCAAAUGCUGAAGCGAUAUGGCCUUGCCAAGUACAUCGAGAGCGAACUCCCCCAGCCCGAGGAUCACACUGCCCGCCGCCAGUGGCUCAGGGAUCGCCUCGACGUCGACGCAUACAUCCAAACCACGGUUCCUAAUGAGGAAAUUUGGAAUUCCUUGCGUGAGCGCGGCUGGUCUGCUGCGGAUAUGAACCCUAAGAGAACCUUCGACUUUGUCGUCCGAUAUUUUCAUGAAGUUUCUCCCUUUUCCAGGCGAGACCGGCGGUGUCGAUAUUCCAGCCCAUGAUACCAGCAUCGAACGAAGCUCCACCGAAUCUGUGAAUAGCGGUGAGAACACCAGCAACAAGAUUGUUAGCCGCGAGCGGCGCAUGGAGGAAGUUUCCGGAGAGGACGGCCAGACCUUCCAGGCGUUUGGGCACCCGCGGGAUGCCGAUGAACACUCGGCCUCGGACGACCCGGGACAUAUUCCCAAGAAUCUAAAUACCGAAUCAAAUAAACUGGUGGUGGGCCCCGCGCCUCAGAAAGCCAAGCUGGACAUAGAGCUUAGGGAGAAGCGUCGGAUCCCCUGCCGCAGAUGU